AUGAAUAGAAUUAAACAAUUUGCUAAACGUUUCAAAUUCACCACUGCAAAUUUCAGAGCUUGUCAAGUUACUCAUGAUAACUUCCUUUCGAUUUGUCAAGCCGAUGUUCAAUCUAUCUCCUUCUCUUUUUACCUAUCUAUCUAUCUAUCUAUCUAUCUAUCUAUCUAUCUAUCUAUCUAUCUAUGUUUUCAUUCUUUUUUAUCUAUCUCAUCCGCUUUAUAUCUAUUUCAUUCUCUUUUUAUCUAUCUAUCUAUCUAUCUAUCUAUCUAUCUAUCUAUCUAUCUAUCUAUCUAUCUACUUCCUUUUAAUCUAUAUAUCUAUCUUAUUUUCUUUUAUCUAUCUAUCGAUCUAUCUCAUUCUCUUUUAGCUAUCUCCUUCUUUUUUUACCUAUCUAUCUAUCUAUCUAUCUAUCUAUCUAUCUAUCUAUCUAUCUUUUCAUUCUUUUUUAUCUAUCUCAUCCGCUUUAUAUCUAUUUCAUUCUCUUUUUAUCUAUCUAUCUAUCUAUCUAUCUAUCUAUCUAUCUAUCUAUCUAUCUAUCUACUUCCUUUUAAUCUAUAUAUCUAUCUUAUUUUCUUUUAUCUAUCUAUCGAUCUAUCUCAUUCUCUUUUUAGCUAUCUCCUUCUCUUUUUAUCUAUCUAUCUAUCUAUCUAUCUAUCUAUCUAUCUUAUUUUCUUUUUAUUCAUCCAUCCAUCAAUUUAUUCUAUUCCUCUUUCGCUUAUUCUCUCUGUCUUUGCUUGUCUUUCAUUCUCUCUCUCUCUCUCUCUCUCUCUCUCUAUCUAUCUAUCUAUCUAUCUAUCUCUCACUCUCUUCUAUGGAUUCUCUUCGAACCAAACAACCAGAUUCCUACAAACAUUUAAUUUGAUUAUAGUUGAUGGACAAACAGAAGAUACUACUACUCGUCGUCACACGCAGAUACACACAAGAAAAAUGUUCGGGUAA